GUGGUGAGUGUAGCUAUGUGUCUCCUGUCUUUCCCUGCAGGUGAUAUACGCAAUGACUUAUACCUGACAUUAGAAAAGGGAGACUUUGAAAGAGGUGGGAAAAGCGUGCAGAAGAACAUUGAAGUGACCAUGUAUGUUCUGUAUGCAGACGGAGAAAUCUUGAAGGACUGCAUCAGCCUGGGCUCAGGAGAGCCAAGCAGGAGCACCUACCACUCUUUUGUCCUUUACCACAAUAACAGCCCUCGAUGGGGGGAAAUCAUCAAGCUGCCCAUCCCCAUUGACAGGUUUCGUGGGUCUCACCUCCGAUUUGAGUUCAGACAUUGCUCCACAAAAGACAAGGGAGAAAAAAAGCUCUUUGGGUUUGCAUUCACUCCAUUGAUGAGAGAUGAUGGCACUACCUUGUCGGAUGAUAUCCAUGAGCUUUAUGUUUAUAAGUGUGAUGAGAACAGCACAUUUAAUAACCAUGCUCUCUACCUGGGGCUGCCCUGCUGCAAAGAGGACUACAACGGCUGCCCCAAUAUUCCUUCCAGUCUCAUUUUCCAGCGCAGCACCAAAGAGUCCUUUUCUGUCUCCACGCAGCUUUCUUCUACCAAACUGACCCAGAAUGUGGAUUUGCUUGCCCUCCUCAAAUGGAAAGCUUACCCCGAUCGUGUGAUGGAUAUUCUAGGAAGAUUGAGACAUGUCAGCGGAGAGGAAAUUGUUAAGUUCCUUCAAGACAUUCUGGACACACUGUUUGUAGUUUUGGAUGACAACACCGAGAAGUAUGGCUUGUUAGUCUUUCAGUCUUUGGUGUUCAUCAUAAAUCUGCUGCGUGACAGCAAGUAUUUUCAUUUUCGACCUGUGAUGGACACUUAUAUUCAGAAGCACUUUGCAGGAGCAUUGGCUUAUAAGGAACUGAUCCGAUGUUUGAAGUGGUACAUGGACCGUUCAGCUGAGCUUGUACGCCAAGAUCACAUCCAGGAGGCAAUGAGAGCCUUGGAAUAUCUUUUCAAGUUCAUUGUCCAAUCUCGGAUCCUUUACUCCAGAGCUACGUGUGGAAUGGAGGAGGAGCAGUUCCGCUCCAGCAUCCAAGAGCUUUUCCAGUCCAUCAGAUUUGUGCUCAGCUUGGACAGCAGGAGUUCUGAGACUCUCAUCUUCACACAGGCUGCUUUGCUGAACUCCUUCCCCGCUAUCUUUGAUGAGCUGUUGCAGAUGUUUACUGUGCAGGAAGUAGCAGAGUUUGUGAGGGGCACUCUGGGCAGCAUGCCCAGUACUGUACACAUCGGGCAGUCAAUGGACGUCGUUAAGCUGCAGUCCAUUGCACGCACUGUCGACAGCCGCCUGUUCUCCUUCUCAGAGUCCCGACGCAUUCUGCUUCCUGUGGUUCUUCACCACAUUCACCUUCACCUACGACAGCAGAAGGAACUUCUCAUUUGCUCUGGGAUUCUGAGUAGUAUCUUCUCCAUAAUCAAGACCAGCUCUUUGGAGGGAGAUGUCAUGGAAGAGGUUGAGAUGAUGGUGGAAAGCCUCCUGGACGUGCUUUUACAAACUCUGCUAACAAUCAUGAGUAAAUCGCAGUCUCAGGAGGCGGGAGAAUACGUGUCCUGUCUUUUAUCUUUGCUUCGUCAGAUGUCAGACACUCAUUUCCAGCACUUACUGGACAACUUCCAAAGCAAGGAUGAACUAAAGGAGUUCCUCCUGAAGAUUUUCUGUGUAUUUCGGAACCUCAUGAAAAUGAGUGUCUUUCCUCGAGACUGGAUGGUGAUGAGGUUGCUCACCAGCAAUAUCAUAGUUACAACAGUUCAGUACCUGUCUUCUGCACUGCACAAGAAUUUCACAGAAACGGACUUCGACUUUAAAGUGUGGAAUUCUUAUUUCAGCCUGGCAGUGCUGUUCAUAAACCAGCCAAGCCUCCAAUUAGAAAAUGCCACACCAGCUAAGAGAAAGAAGAUACUAGAUAAAUAUGGUGAUAUGAGAGUGAUGAUGGCAUAUGAGCUCUUCAGCAUGUGGCAGAACCUAGGGGAGCAUAAGAUUCACUUUAUUCCGGGAAUGAUUGGCCCCUUUCUUGGUGUGACACUCGUCCCACAGCCAGAAGUCCGGAAUAUCAUGAUUCCCAUCUUCCAUGACAUGAUGGACUGGGAGCAGAGAAAAAAUGGCAACUUCAAACAGGUGGAAGCUGAGUUGAUCGAUAAGCUGGACAGCCUGGUAUCCGAAGGAAAAGGUGAUGAGAACUACAGAGAACUCUUCAGCCUCCUAACCCAGCUCUUUGGGCCUUAUCCCAGUUUGCUGGAGAAGAUUGAGCAGGAGACGUGGCGAGAGACUGGAAUCUCUUUUGUUACAUCGGUAACUCGCCUCAUGGAGCGCCUGCUGGACUACAGGGACUGUAUGAAAGGCGAUGAAACAGAGAACAAGAAAAUCGGUUGCACUGUUAACCUUAUGAAUUUCUAUAAAUCGGAAAUUAACAAGGAAGAGAUGUACAUCCGCUACAUCCACAAGCUGUGUGACAUGCACUUACAGGCUGAGAACUACACAGAGGCUGCAUUUACUUUGCUUUUGUACUGUGAGUUGCUUCAGUGGGAGGACAGACCUCUGAGAGAGUUCCUGCAUUACCCAUCUCAGUCAGAGUGGCAACGUAAGGAAGGUCUGUGCCGUAAGAUUAUCCAUUACUUCAACAAAGGGAAGAGCUGGGAGUUUGGAAUCCCGCUGUGCAGAGAGCUGGCCAUGCAGUACGAAAGUCUCUACGACUACCAGAGCCUCAGCUGGAUUCGGAAAAUGGAAGCUACCUAUUAUGAUAAUAUCAUGGAACAGCAGCGCCUGGAACCUGAAUUCUUCAGAGUUGGUUUUUAUGGUCGAAAAUUCCCAUUCUUCCUGCGGGUAAGCCAGAGUAAUAAAAAAUGUGACAGCAGGACCGGGCUCCAAGUAGCUGUCACAGCUCUGAAUUGUGGUUGUGGAGAUACGACAUCUGCUGUUCAUUUUAUAUUUUACACUUGCAUAAGCAGAAGCAGCUUUCUGAUAGGUCUGAAGGGUAUGGUUGGUUGGGAAUAUUCUUAG